AUGAAAUUCCACCUCUGGGCUGUGGCCCUCGCGUCGGCACUCUGUGUCCAAGCCAACGAAUGGCACGCCUAUUACCGUCUCGAUAGCAAGGCAUACCAAACAAAGUUCGAUGAAAUGGUCUCGCAAGGCUUCCGGCUGAACUCGGUCAGCGGAUACGAAUACAAUAAGGAGCCAAACUUCGCCGUCAUCUUCGAAAAGAGGCCCUCACCGGCUUGGAAGUCUCAUCACGGAAUGACCUCCGACCAAUACCACCAAAAGUUUGAAGACUACCUGAAGCAGGGAUACCGCGUUGUCCAGGUCAAUGGCUACACAGUCGGUGGAAAGGACCGCUACACUGCUAUUUGGGAGAAAGACUCCUCCUUGCCCUGGAUAUCACGUCAUGGGAUGAACAAAGAAUGGAUGCAAAAAUAUUUCGACAAGUAUCUGGAGGAGGGAUACAGAAUGACUCAUGUGAGUGGGUACGAGGUGGAUAAUGAGAGUCGCUAUGCUGCUGUUUGGGAAAAGCGGAAUGAUAGUACUGCCUGGGUUUCUGUUGGGGAGCUCAACUCGACUGAGUACCAGGCUACAUUCGACAAACAUGUGAAGGACGGGUAUCGACUUGUUGAUGUGGAUGGGUAUCAAGUUGGAGAUGAGGUCCUGUAUGCGGCAAUUUGGGACAAGUCUGCAUCUGGUGCAUGGGUGGCAAGACACGGUGUCGAGUCUUCCAAGUUCCAGGCUGAGUUCAACAAGUACCGUGAUGAAGGCUAUGUUCUGCGGACUUUCAGCGCCUACAAUGAUGGGACAGCAGAUCGCUAUGCUGCUAUCUGGGUCAAAUAA